UUUUUUUAGUAAAUAUAAAACUGUUUUAAUUAUGGCUUUGAAUUUACGUGGAGGUUCGGGAAUAAUAUUUUUUUCUCGAUGUCGAAAUAAAUUCUUUUUCCCGAAGAAUGUACGAAUGAAAUUUUUAUCGUGUGUUUUUGUACCCGCAUGUAAAAUCAGUACACAGAGAAAUCAAAGUUUUGGGGGCGAGCAGCCGGAGAGCUUCGAGGCGAUGUUGGAAUGUCGCCGCAGGGAGGCCGCCCGCAGCAUCCUGGUCCAGGUGAACUCUGAGCUGUCAUGCGGGGACCUGCAUGCCCACUGCAGCAAGUACGGGAGUGUGAAGGGGCUGCACCACUACACCACGGCCGAUCCAGCCAAGCAGCACUUCGUGGUGGUGGAGUUCUUGCACACAGACGCCGUGCGGCAGGCGAUGCUUGCGAGCUGCCACGUCGACCCCAGCCAGGUCAUCCCCGUGCAGUCUCCCUUCCUGUGGUUCCGCGCCAAAGAGAGGCCUCGGCGCAAGGGAAGCCCCCCGAGCACCGAGACUGUACCGCUAGUGGAGACCAAUGGGAACUCUCCUCUACCACCAGCCAAGCUGCGGGAUGACAUUCUGGCCACCUCAUCGAUAAGCGAGCAGAUGGGCGUACUGCACCGGGAGACGUGCCUGGGCGACCUGGGCCUUCGACUGCGCUUCCUCACCGCACUGCAGCUCGAGCUGGCCCUCGCGGGGCCCUUCCCCCGGGUCCGCGUGCUGCCCUUCGGCUCGUCCGUCAGCGGCUUCGGCAAGACCGGCUGCGACCUAGACCUCGUGAUGCUGCUCGGCCCACAGGGGGACGAGGGCGCGGGCGGCCGCCUGGUGUUCCAAGCGAAGAAGGCGCUGGUGAGCGGGCGGGCGCAGGCUCAGCGCCACAUGGAGGUCAUCGGCGACCUGUGCCACCUGUUCCUGCCCGGCUGCGCCCACGUCAAGAGGAUCCUGCUGGCCCGCAUCCCCAUCGUCAAGUACCGCCAGGAGCUGACCGGCGUCGACUGCGAUCUCUCCAUGUCCAACAUGAGCGCGGUGCACAUGGGGGAGCUGCUGUACGUGCUCGGGCGUGCGGACGAGCGGGUCCGGCCGCUCGUCUUCGCGCUGCGGCAUUGGGCGCACGAGGUGGGCCUCACCAACCCCACGCCCGGCCCUUGGAUCACCAACUUCUCCCUCAUCCUGCUGGUGGUGUUCUUCCUGCAGCGCCAGGCAGUGCUGCCUUCCUUCAAGGACCUCAUUGUACGCGCAGGUACUCACUGGUAGUUAGUGACAGAAGACAACGUCUCACUCCAGAAAAUGCGGAAAAUUUAACUAUGAUAGCAUUUCAAUAAAAUCGUCUUAAUAGUAACUUUAAAAGUGCUUAAUUGUGUAAUUUUGUAGUGUAUGUGAUUGUAAUUAAGUCGUGAAAUUUUUAGUAGUUAUUUAAAAGUUUGAAUUUAUGAAUUUGCAAAUGAACUUAAUUGUGAUUAGAUCAUGAGGUUUUAGUGUUUAUUAAUAUUUGUUUUAAUAAAUUUGCUUGUCGUAAAGAAAAGCAAGAAAAUUUUGCCGUGGGUAUUUUGAGCAAAAAAAUAAAAGCAUAUGACACCAAAAUCUUUAUUUCUUUACACCGAAAUUUGUCUUAAAAUAACACCACAAAAUCUUGACUCUGCUAUGUGUAAAAAUUUUUUUUUAUAUAUGUACCUAGGUAUUUCCCUCUAUAAGCCAUUUGGGGUACUAGUGUUAAUUUCUAGAUUUAUCUUGUCAGGAACCAUAAUUUAUUAGCUAAUACGUAUCAUGUUGUUGCACUCAUUUGUUGUUGGCUCAUAAUUCAAUUGGUAGUUCAUGGCUUAUUUAUAUUAGGGCCUUUUGUUAUAUACUUGAGCAAAUUUGUAAAUAACCUCAACCUGCUCUUCCUUAUAAUUUUAGCUUUUUUGGGCAAUUGACAUUAUUUUGAUGGCUUGUUUUUAUGUAAUCCAGAACAUCGUCAUGUACGACUUGUGAAUUAUGUUAUCUAUUCAUUUUUGAAUAAAUAUUGUAUGAGCUCGCUGUUGGAUGUUUUCAACACACCAUUUUUACUCUGUGUACCCAUAUACAAAUGGGUCAUACAACAUUUUAAUUUGUCUUUAAUUUAAUUUCCUAACACUCAAUUGUAGGCUGUUGGUGACUUUGCCCCCAGCAAGGUUUUUUUUGAAUAACUUUACCUCAAUAAAAAUGUUUUUCUCGCAUAAUAGUAGGGUUCUGCGAAUAUUCAAAAUUUCCGAAUUCGAGUUCAAAUUUUUUGAUAUUCAAUUCGUAAAUUUGAAUCAAAUUCAUUUUACAAUAAUUCGACUUGCAAAAUCUGGCCCGGGUACACUAAUAUAAGACAUCCCCCUCCCCCAUAUUUAAAAGAAAUUUAAAUGGACGAUUACAUCUUCCACUUACAAAAAAUUAUACAUUGAAACCCCUAUUUUACAUUUUCACGUUAUUUGAACCAUUUUAUUUCUGUCCCGUUUUAACCUCAUUUGAUGUAAUGCAAUGAAUUCCCGUUGUUUACAACGUGCCUAUUGCUUUACGCAGUUGACGCCGUUCGUUCUGAUAAAACUGCUUACUAACUUAAUUAAUCCUAUUACAAAGUAAUCUGAUGUGUAAAUUGUGUUUUAAAGACUUUUUAAAAGUUAAAAACUUCAUCUUUAAAGUCUCGGGAGUCGCUUUAUACCGCUUAUAAAACGUAAGCAGCGCCAGUUUUGUUGUGUUGAUUCCUGUAUUCCCAUAUAGAGAGCGCGCACAUAGCCGAAAAUUGAUAUCCAUAGCUCGCAGACUGCAUGCACGCGCGCGCUGUCAGUAACAGAGUUAACCCGCACAAUCAUUAUGCGUAUACUAGUUACAAAUCACAUUCUUGUUACGGGUU